AUGACCGAUAUACUCCGUAUCUCGACUGUACGAUUCCCGCCCCCUCGGCAGGCCCGAGGAACGGUGCUUAAUACUAUAAUGGAGGAUACGCGCGAAUCCAAUUUCGCUCAAACCAGUCCCAAAGGCUCGCCCCCGUCCAGACUUACACCGGCAGCUAUCAGCCCGCAGUUGAAGUUGCAGACCAGCGGGUUUUCGGUACCAACACACGCCCGCCUUGCCCGCCUAAUGUCGCCUCUCUCCGCCGGCACUACCUCAUCAUGCUCAGAUACAGAAUGGCAGGCUCAGAUGCAAGAGUUCCGAGGAUACGACGACUUUUACGAUGCCACAGAUGAUGAUAGUAUUGACGAUAAUGAAACCGAAAUGAGCGAUUCAUGCUUUUCCCCCGAUACGCGGCCAUCGAGCUUGAUUACCCCAAUCACCCGCAAUUCGGUGACCUCAACUGGGAGCAGUCGGAAGCGCUCUCUGACCCUUGAGAUUCCCUCUUCUGCAUUGUGGCCGUCAAUUACCGGGUCCCUCAAGGGCUCGCCAGUCCCGCCCACCCCUCCAUCCAAGAUACCAGUCUCGCCAGCGGCGCUGUCGAUGCUCAGUCGUUCUGUACCUGCAUCAUAUGCCCCGCCUUCGCUCGAUGGUAGCAUGACCUCGGACCAAGAAUCAAUAAUCAGUGCAUUGGCUACACCGGACUCUCAAUCUCUGCCAGACACCAACUGGGAUGCACAUGAUAUCCAUGUUCGCCGAGAUCUGGACGGAAGCGAAAGCGAUCUAGACAAUGCGGACUCCAGUUCAGACAUCCAUACUGUACCCAUUGCUAUCGAGACCCAGCAUGAGGACUGGCGUCAUGUUCUGGGAAGUUUCCCCCGAAUUCCCACUGCUGCCCAGGCAUAUUCACCCCCGCUCUCGCCAUCGUCCUCGCCUUCUUUUCAUCUGAAUAAUGAGCCAAUUUACGAAUAUGAUGACUUGUACGACGCCCCACAGUCUAUUGACCAAGGCGCAUUUCUGCCUAACUCGGCACUGGCAAUGCUACACCACGUUCACUUAGAAGAGACACCCGAUUCGUGUUCUGAGACCUCGGAGGAUAAAGGCGAGAUGUGGCAACUUCAGCCGCCUCCCAGCCGCCCGAGAAGUGCCGACGGGGUCACUCCCGCAUCUGAGCUGUCUGGUUACAGUUUCAGCGAUUUGAGCAUUCCAUCUCCUGGUGGAUUCUUUGCUUCUUUGGCGCCCCGAGCGCGCCACACGUGGUCAAUCCCCAACACCAAUUACCAACCAUCGUCGGCGGCUGCAGAGGGUUUCUACAACCUUCCUUGGCGUCGGGAUGAUGGAGAUAUUGUUGAGCAGGUAGUUGAAUGGCAUGAGCCCCCUGUUGACGAAAACCCAGUCACAGCUGUUCGUGAUGAAGAGGCCCCGCUUACUGCCAUUCGACUUCCCUGUGACACACCCACUCGUCGGUCUAUCUACCAAGAUAGCCCCAUGAGUGCUGCAUUUGAUGCAGUCCAGGUUCAGGAGAUCCCCCGCUCUGGGAACGGAUAUGAAUACGACGAGUGUUAUGACCAAGAGCUGCAGGAACGUGCAGUUGCGAGCCACGACCGGACCAAUAUCUGGUUGUCAGCCCAAGCAUCUUACCUCUCCGCUCUUAGUGAGACAAAUCCCGCGAAUGACGUUGAGCCUGUAGAAUCACCCAAGGAGUCUGAUAGUAUUGAGGUUGAAGCCAAAGACACCACAGAAGAGUCUACCACUAAGAUGGUGCGAUUCGUCGAGGGUGUCCCUGAGUCCCUCAGUCCUCUGCCCCCGAUCCUUGCUAGCAAGGAUUCAAUUUACUGGCGAGGCUUCCAGUCUAUUCGGGAACAGUCAACCAAGACAGAUGGGUUCAUGCAUCGCAACAUGCGCUUCGAUGCCGUCCAAUCCAUGCGCCUCGCCAUGAACGACCUUCACAUCAACUGCUUGCUGGGCAAGUAUGAACUUGUUCGCCCCGAGCGCCCUGCAUACAAGGGUCCAUUCGCCAAGGCACCUCGCAACUCGACUAUUACCUCUGAGCUGGCUGAGAAGGCCAAAUUUGACAAGGUGGAGAAGGAGCAGCUGGUUCUUGCUCAGCUUUCGCAGCCCAUGUGGGCCAUGGAUGCUCUUCGGUCUCUCAACGGCGGCAAUCUGCUCACAAGUCCUGCCCAGCGUAUGCUUGCACAAACCUCAUCAAAGCCCAAGGCCUCGCAGGGACCACGCAAACGCAGCUUCCGCAUCCUAGACCUCGGCGGUCAGUCCUCCUGUGACUGGGCCUGGCAAGCCGCGUACGAAUUCCCAAAUGUCAAAGUUUACACCGUCGCCUCCAAGAACCAGACCGUAAACAGCGCCAUCAAAGGCCCUCCCAAUCACCGCCAGGUGAACGUGGAUAACCUCUGGGAGCUUCCCUUUGGCAACAACCAGUUUGAUGUCAUCUCCGCCCGAUCUUUGCACGCACUGCUAAAGACCGAAUGUCCCGCAGGCAAGGACCGCGACGAGUACGACCUAGUUCUGAAGGAAUGCAUGCGAUGCCUCAAGCCAGGCGGCUACCUCGAAUUCCAAGUUCUUGACGCCGAGAUCUCGCGAGCGGGGCCGUACGCCAGUGCAACAUCAGUGGAGUUUGCCUUCAACCUGCGCAACCGUGGGUACGAUCCAGUAGCAUCGAAGAGCUUCGUCGCCCGUCUCCGCAACAGCGGGUUCGUCGACACGCAGCGCGCGUGGAUGGUCCUCCCGAUGGGUACCGAACACGUCGAGCAGGAGCCGAUGCGCGAGACUCCGGCACCGCGUGUGCAGAGCCAAAUUGAAGAUUACGAGGCAGUGCAGGGCCCGAUUGGUAGCACGGCGGAUAUUGCCAGUAUUACUGGACUGAUUGGAGGGUGGAUGUGGGAGCAGUGGUUACUGAAAUUGCGAGUGGAGAUGGGUCGCGAGCGACCUAUGUUGCUUGAGGGUCUUGGUGCGCUGUUUGAUGAGGGGAGGAAGAGUGGCGCGGGCUGGACCUGCCUGUCUGGAUGGACUAUGAAGCCGAAGCGGAAGAGUUCUGUCUCUUUGGCUGAGACUGGGUCUAUCUAG